AUGGCACACGGCAACGGUACUCCCCAGACGUUUAUGUGUGCUGUCGGCGGCGAGUGGCUCGCCCUUGACAAGUUCUCUCGGAACCAGAUUUCGAAAUGGCAGAAGAUAAAGGGUCGCGAUGGCGUCACUCCGGAGAAUGCUGGGCUCAUUUGCAAAGAGCAUGUGCAACUGACACUGGCACCACGAGAAAUCAAGUGCAAUGGUCCUUGUGGUCUGUGGAAACAUAGGGAUCACUUUAGCAAGACCCAGCGUAAUGACCCCAACGCAUGGGUAUGCAACUUCAACGGGGAGGAGGCCCCCUAUGGUCCCCCGAACUCUCAGUUGCUCCCCCACGAGAUUCUGGCGCAGGCGACGGGCGUACAAACCGAGGCUCCUACCAUUACGUCUCCCGGUUCCGCUGUUGGUAAUAGACCUAGCGGAGUUCUUUCCGAUUACCAGCAGGCUCAUAUCAACGGAGUUGAGGUUGGUGAGGUUGAUAGCACGGUGGUUCAUUCGGCCAUGACGAUGAAGCGGGACACCGACUCCUCCACCGACUCCAACAGUCCACCUGCCAGUCCCGAUCAUAGGGGUCCCGCUACACCUGCCGCCCCCAACAUGAACUCCACUGAUAACGGCAAGCCUCAAUCGGUAGCCGGCUCCACCGCACCUGCCGAUGAACUUCCUUUCCAGCUGUACGGCUACAGCCCAUUCGCCCCUGGUGCUGACGAAAAUGCCACGAAGGGGGAUUCGGCGGAAGGUAGUAAAUUGCCACCCACGGUCCCGAACAAGCAACCGGGUAAAAAAUGGGUCAAAGUAGACACUCGUAAAGUAUUCUUUGCGCCGCCGGCUUAUGCGACUCGUCCGACGGACCCGAGCAAUUUUCGAAUCGAAAGCGACAGUGAUAGCGACUAA